UAAUGACAGUGAGUCAAACCCACUCCCUCCUCCAACUGUGACGGCCUAGACAGAGACUUUAUGCAAGCUUCUUUGAAGUUGGCUGACAGUGAAGGUGAAGAGUGAAGAGUCAGACGCUGUUCUUCUGAAGUUUCACAACUUUUCUGCAUCAGGAUCAAAGUCAGAAUGAAAAUCCUCCAUUUUCUCUUCUUCUGCUUCUUGUCAGGUCCAGCUGGGCUCGUCAAGCCAAAACAUAAUAUUUGGUCUGCAGCUGAAGGAGCAAAUGGCACGCUUAACUGCAACUUAUCUUUGUCUGGAAGCACAAAGUUCUUCUGUAAGGAAAAAUGUGAGCGAGCAGAAGAUAUCCUCAUUAAAACAGAUGAAAGCACAGCUCAGAGUGGGAGAUACAGCAUGAAGUAUAAAGAUGGAUCUCCAAGAAGAGGAAUUGUGUUUUUAAGCUUCUCACAAAUGAUCAAGUCUGACGCAGGAAUGUACAGGUGUGGUUUGGGAAAAUCUUCUGCUCCAGAUUCAUACUUUGACUUUGAGGUCAGAGUUUCAAAUGAUCUGGAUAGAAACGUUGGUUUUUAUCGCACACAAACUGAGGGAGAAAACAUCACAUUGGGAUGUUCCAAUACAGUGACUGGACACAGGAAGUUCUUUUGUAAGAAUCAGUGUAAGAAUGAAGGGGAGAUCCUCAUUGACACAACUAAUAACAAAUCUGUGAGUGGCAGAUACAGCAUUGAACACAGACCAGGAUCUGUGUACGGACUGUAUGCAACCAUCACACAGUCGUCCAAGUCAGACACAGGAAAGUACAUCUGUGGUUAUGGAAACCCUCUGUCUCCUGAUUCAUAUGCGAAUGAAUAUUUUCUUGUCAUUGAUGAUUCAAACCCACCUACUUCCACACCACAAACAACAACACAAAUGGCUUCCAACCCACCUGCUUCCACUCUACAGACAGCAACAACACAGAGUGAAAGUGUCACUGCAGGAGUCUCUACACAUUGUCCUGACUCCUCCUGGCUUCUGGUUGUGCGUGCGUCCUUGGAUGGUGUUUUGCUGAUGGCUGUUUUCCUCAUGCUCUUCUACAUUAGUAAGACAAGGAGGAACUUUGGACUGAAGAGCAGAGAAAAUGACACAAACAUGGAGUUCUCUGUAACACAUGAGAACUGGGAACCAACCUUCAAACACAAAGAGUCCAAAAGCAGCAGGACCAAACCCACUCUGCAUUAUUAAAGACCAAAAUCUAACAAGUAAAAAUGAAUUUUGAGAUUUCACAAAUCCAUUGCUAUUUCCCAACUGUAACUGAAAAAUGUUGUAAACAUUUGGUUUUAUUUCAUUCAUUGUUGUCUACUGUAUGAUUUAUACAUUUAUGUGCUUACUUAUGCCAUGUAUUUUAAAUCACCGGCGUUUAUUACAAGGUACAACAAAAUUAAACAAGUGUUGACGAUGCAAAAUGGUGUGAUGGUUCCUUAAAUAAAUUUGACAAAUACAGAGUGUUCUACAAUAAUGAGUCUGUGCUGUUCAGGAAAACAAGAAACAGUAAAACAAACAGGCGAAAUACAAUCGAUAGUUG